UUAGGGAUAUAGUAGUAAUUCUCCCUUUAAGGUUCGCCGAUUGAGAAACGACACUCACCUCUCUGCUCCCUUCACAGUUUUGAUCCGAUCUAUCCACGUUUCUUGCUCCGUCUGUACCCUGUUUCAGUAUCGUUCUAGCCUAGAAAUCCCCAAACCACCGCUGAAAAUCACUCGUUAGCUUUCUUCUUCUUCUGGGAUAUCUGCUACUCGAAAAGCCAUGGUGGAUGAUGCUUUUGCAAGCAAAGAGAACCCAAAGAAAGCAAAAGAUAAAAAGAAGAAGAAUAAGAAGAAGAAGGGUGGAAGUUCGAAGAAGAAGAUGACAGCUGAGCAGACUCUGGCUUUCAAGGCAGUCACUGAAUGGGUGUAUUUGGAUCAGCAGUCUUCUCCUCCUUCAGUAUCCUCUGCUUCUGCUUGUGUUGUUGAUGAUUUUGGGGUGCAGAAGACUAUGGGCAGAGGAGGAGAGAAGGUUAUAUUUGAUUUGCAUUCUCAUUCCAAAUGCAGUGAUGGGUUCUUGUUUCCUUCCAAGCUUGUGGAAAGAGCUCAUGGGAAUGGAGUGAAAGUUCUUGCUUUGACAGAUCAUGACACAAUGGCUGGUAUUCCUGAAGCUAUGGAAGCAGCUCAGAGAUUUGGCAUCAAGAUAAUACCGGGUGUGGAGAUCAGCUGUAUAUAUUCUCCUAGCAGAAAUACUGAAGCAGAGGAGCCAGUGCACAUUCUUGCAUAUUACAGUAGCUGUGGGCCGGCAAACUCUGAAGAUCUGGAGAAGUUAUUGGCUAACAUAAGAGAUGGUCGUUACCUUCGUGCAAAAGAUAUGAUCUUGAAACUUAACAAACUCAACUUGCCUCUUAAGUGGGAACAUGUUGCCAGGAUUGCUGGCAAAGGAGUUGCUCCUGGUAGAGUGCACGUGGCUCAGGCUAUGGUUGAAGCAGGCCAUGUUGAGAAUCUGAAACAAGCUUUUGCCAAAUAUCUAUAUGAUGGUGGUCCUGCUUAUUCCAGGGGAAGUGAGCCUCUUGCAGAGGAAGCAGUACAACUGAUAUGUCAAACAGGGGGACUUGCAGUGCUGGCUCAUCCAUGGGCAUUGAAGAAUCCUGUUGCAGUUAUCAGAAGACUGAAAGAUGCAGGUCUUCAUGGAUUGGAAGUUUAUAGAAGCGAUGGAAAACUGGCAGUAUAUAGUGACCUUGCAGACGUAUACGACCUUCUAAAGCUUGGAGGGUCAGAUUUUCAUGGACGGGUUCGAAACAGUGAGUCUGAACUGGGAAGCGUCAAUCUCCCAGUGCUGGCAUUGCACGAGUUCCUUAAGGUAGCGCGUCCAAUCUGGUGCAGUGCCAUAAGGAACAUUCUCGAGAAAUAUGCUGAGGAGCCCUCUGAUGCUAAUCUAGAAAGGAUAACAAGGUAUGGAAGAACAAAAAUUUUAAAGGGAAUUUCUCCCUCGAGUUAUGGCACGAGUUUGAUCGAUCGUUGCCUGUCGUUGUGGUUAACAAAUGAAGAGAGACAAAAUUCUGAAUUUGAUGCCAUUAAGCUGAAGCUUUCCCAGAUUUCAAUUAAUCAAGGAGAGCUUCAAUCUUCAUGAGAGUUUUUCAUACUUCUUUUUAUUGAUUCUUUUUGGUGUUUGUGCUAUCACUUGGAAACUUUAACAAGAGUAGCUACACUUUUUUCAUUGAAUCUCUUAAGCAUUUCUUUCAUUGAA